CAGUUGACUACGGUGGCCAGCAAGCCCAACACAUAGCUGUUCUACACACACACACACGUGUUUUCUUUUACUAUGUUGUCAUUCAUUACUGAAAGUCACUAGAAAACUAGCAGUAUCAUUUUUUAUCUCUCUAAUUUAUCAAUUCAGGGCAUAAUGAGCAUGGACAAUACGGACACUUCGGAAGACGAACAGUUCUUACUCGAUCAAGUGCUAAAUAACCUGUAUGAUUUUGGGGAUGGCAUGAAGUCAGGAAAAAAGCAGAAGAAGAAACAGCGAAAAAGACCUCUAGAAGCGGAGGAGGAAGAGGCAGUUGUUUCUACGGAGGUCUGUGGUGAUGCCACAGAUACGAAAACACAGAAUAUAGCAGUUAAACACAGCCAGGAAAAAACGAAACACACCGCUACAGUUCACCCAGGUCCACCCAGGAAACUGAUGCCAAAGGUUGAAGUGGUGACUUUCGAAGACCCCCUCAAGAAACCAAGGGUCCAACAGAAACCUACCCCCGACAUAAAAAUUGUCCCCAAUGUCAAGGAGCAAGAGGAAAGUAACAAAGAUGACCCAGAAGAACUGACGUUUGAAAAGGCCCGACUGGAGGUCCAUCGCUUUGGCAUCAGGGGCUACAAGAAGGAGCAGCAGCGGUCGUUUGAGCAGGAGAGGGCCAUCAUGCUGGGGGCCAGGCCCCCUAAAAAGCAGUAUGUGAACUACAAGGCGCUACAGCAGGAACUCCAAGACAAGAAGAAGGCGGCCCAGGAGGAAGUUCAACCCGACCAGGGAAAGAAGAAGAAGAAGAAGAAUAGCAAACCAGGGGACAGGGACAAGAAGAAGAAGAAGAAGACGGAGACGCCCUCUGUGUUCGGCUCCAGCGCCGGCUCCGCCUCCAUGGGCCGCUUCAAAAGCGGGAUGCUGAGGCUCAGCUCCAAGGAGAUCGAGAAGAUCAACGGCCCCAAAUGAGAGGAUAAGAGCGGGACUAGCAAUCCGUGGUGGUGGUUGUUGUGGUCGUCGACGACCUUGUGUUAAGACGGUGGCAGAAAAACAGCACCAGAGCUCGAACUGCCCAAACGAAGGCCUGAAGAGCACCUGAAGGAAAUGUUGUAUGCAGACAAAGGAUGCUGGAAUGAUUUAGAGCUCCAACACAGAUAGUGGAGUUGCACCACCAACAUUGUUCUGUCAGUCAUAUUUAUUUUGUUUUUAUAAAACAACCCCAAAAAAAAUUUGUUUUCAUUUACACCGUAGAGUUCUCCGAACAAUAGUUAGAAUGGCUUUCUUUGUCAUUUACAAAUUAUUUAUUUGUACAAAACCUUUUACAUCUCGGCAGAUGGGUGAGGUGGCCUAGAUAGGCUCAAAGGAUAUUAAUGACACUAACGAGGAAUCGUACUACUGAUGAUUAUAGGAUGUGGUAUCACUGCAUCAAAGGAGAAUUCUCUCUUCUGCUUUGCUCCUCAUCCACAAUUUAGAUAUCGGGUCUUGGAUACCCUGUUCAAGUUUGUUCACUUAACGUACUAUGCACACUAAAAAUGUAAUCUAUACACCUUUAGGAACGCUGGAAAAUUAUACAUAAGUUCACAUUUUCAUCUGGCAGGGUGCGCUACUGGGAUGCAUUUUUGAGAAAACGUCCCGCUGUAACAUUAAAUUACAGCUAGCAGCUUUGAUUGUUGUUAUAAAAAGCAUCUGAAGCAGAGAAUCCAACGAUUGGCAGUGGCACACAGCAAGGGACUUAAGCUGUCAAAGUUAAUAGCAGUAGAACUUUGUACUGGCAUCAUGGUUGAGGGGCAUGUUAACAAAACAUAAUAAAAAAUAAUAAAAAUUAUAUUUACAGCUAGACACUAAAUCAGUCGUUAGUCUUAAUAAAACGAUUUCCUCCCUGUACAAUAUUUAACCGUUUUCUCUGGAUAGGAAUUAUUCAAGGUUGGGUUCACAUGGGGGAGGGGUGUACAGAGUUAGAUUGGGCUA